CAAUUGUGACAAAAAAAAGACAUAAAGGCAAUCAAGCAAUUCACGAGAUACCAAAGGAUUUGUCCGUAUGUAUCACAUUCUCUAGCGAUGAAGAGAUCAGACUAUAAGGCAGACAUGUGAGAGACGAGAGGAUCUUAUAAACGUUGUAGAAACUCUGAUCUCUAAUUUAUCUUUCUUACUAUAUAUAUAGAAGAGAAACCGUAGGGGAGGAGGAGGAGAAGAAGCUAAAAAUUUGAAGGAUGGUUUCGAGGGAAUACAAGAGAGAUUCCUCUCUUCGUGAAAAGUUUCAAUUGCUUCGUUCAAUCACUAACUCUAAUGCUGAAAGUGAAACCUCGAUCAUAGUGGAUGCAUCCAAAUAUAUUAAAAAGCUUAAACAGAAAGUUGAAAAAAUCAACAAUGAGACCACGUCUGAGCAAUAUUUAUGUCAUCAUACCGAACCCAUGGUUACAGUGGAAACCCUAGAGAAGGGAUUCAUGAUAAAGGUAAUGUCAGGGAAGAAUGAGGCAGGCUUGUUGGUUUGUGUUCUUGAAGCUUUUGAUGAUCUUGGACUUGAGGUUGUUGAAGCUAGGGUUUCAUGUAUGGACUCAUUUAGCUUGCAUGCCAUUGGUUCACCAAAUAAUGAUGAUUGUGAAAGCAUGGAUGCUGAAUCAGUGAAACAGGCAGUUGCAGUGGCAGUCAGGACCUGGAGUGAUAGCCAUGAUCCAAAAGGAUAAAGACAGACCAAGUAUUCAUGAUUAUCUCUAUAUUUAUACAUUUGUUUGACCAAAAAGGAUUUUAGUUAGACAUGCAAUCAAGAAAAAUAAACUGUAUGUCUCUCUGAUUAAUCAAAUUUCUAAUGAAAAAUCUUUCUUCGGCAUCAAGUUAAUAAAUACAUUACCAGUUUGUAUAAA